AAUUUUUUUGCUCCUUUUCCCGCCAUCCUUCUAGCAUCUUUCCUUUCAUUUGUUACCAACAUUCCGAUUCUGCUUAUCCUCUCUUCCCCCUCCCCCUCCUUGACGUUCUCAAGCAGAUGUUUCCUCUGAUCGCACGUGGGGGACGCUGGGAGGGGCGGCGGCCCACAGCGCAAGACCAGCACCAGCAGCAGCAGCAGCAGCAGCAGGAGGGAGGACCCAGUAUCCACCCUCCCUGUUGGACUGCCUCCAUCAGUCCUCCUGGUGAGUGUAUAGUGUUCAGACGUGUGACGUCUCACCUCCCACUCCGCCAUGCGUCUUGCCAGCAUGCUGCCUUUCCUCUCGCCUUCCCUCUCCUGAAUUCCACAAGCUAGAUGUCUGUGUGGCCAUGAAGGCCGCCCAGGCCUGAUUGUGGAAGGUAUUGAUCCUGUUGGCGUCCUAGAGGCGACUGGGGGAGAGAGAGCAGCUGAGAGAGUUUCAAAAGAGUGAGAGGGAGACGGUAAAUGUGUGGAUGCUGUUCCUGUGUCACCGCCGCCGGUCCACUGUAUCAUUACCAUACAAACGUGUUAUUAAGGAUCCUGGCGGACAUUUCCCGCAGUAUCAGAAGACGAUGCAGAUAAUAAGGAGACAGUCAUGAUGCCUCCUCCCCCAUUACUUCCCUUCAGCGUGUGAUGAUCGUGUGUCAGACCCUCAGUGUUCACAUGUUUUCAGUGGUGGAUUUCUAACACUUCCUGCCUUCGCGAACACCACACCUCCCUCAGCUAUAAAAAAAAAAUCCAAGCUUGGUGGUGACUUGUAAGAUAUUUCAAAGCCUGGUCAUUUCCCUAAGUAACAUUACCUUUCGCUGGUUUAAACAGCGAAGAGAACUACCAAUAAGUGACUCUGAAUUUGGGCUAUGGUUGCAGCUCGGAGUAUGCUUCAGAAACAGUGUACGUGGUGGUUCCGAGACGUGUUGUAGGGAGGGUGGUGGUUCCACGGGUGAUGGUAGCCAGGAUGAAGAGAGGAACCUGCUAUGGUGUUGCCCUCGCUCUCGUUUUCUGCUUGCUCUACGUCGCCACGGGAACUUGGCCACUGUCUAGUGGGAGCGCCGAGGGCACGGGUGCUUCCCUGACGGAGCAGCAGCAGCAAGAGGACCUACCUGACGCUGACCAACCUUCCCAGCCUCUCAAUUAUCCGCACCCAGCAGAGACACUAUACGAAGGUCUGUAUUUUCGUUAUUUCGACGUGGACUCGACCUUCCAGACAGAAGGUGUUGCUGGUCGCGUCCUCACGCAGCACGAACAUGCUCUGCUCUCCACUGCCAAGGACACUGCAGCCCGGUACCUGACUCAGCUGCAUCCCAACACCGCCUUCGUUAGCGGCAAGUACCGCUGGCUGCCAGAUGGCGUAGAGUACGACCUUCUCUACAAGGAUGAGGCCACAGACGUCAGCAGCCGGGUCACUCUUUUCCAGAAACUGGACGCCACCAAGGUCAUCAGAUCCAUGAUAGUCGACCAGAAGACAGUAGUGAACAUGAUCGUUACUCUGAAGGGACGGGUGACCAAGUACGCAACCUUCCUGGACCAUCUAGUGAAGAAUGUCCUUCCGCAUGAUGAGAACCUCUCCCUUACCGUCAUCUACUUCGAAGAUGACUUUUUGCAGGAGGCUCGUGAUCUCACCAGCAGACAGCUCUCUGGCCUUCCUAAUUUCAAGUGGUCGUUCAUAGCUCUGGAGGAACGUGACUUCUCCAGAGGGCGCGGGCUGCAUGUAGGAGCACAUCACAAGGGGUCGAAGGACAAGGGGGAACUGCUUUUCUUCUGCGACGUUGAUGUACUGAUGCAUCCAGACUUCUUCAACCGCUGCAGGAGCAACACUAGAAAAGGCCAGCAGGUGUACUACCCCGUGGUAUUCUCGCUGUACAACCCUAAGCUGGUGUACCCGCUCUUCGACAAGGCUGUGCCUCCGGUGAGUGAGCAGCUGGCAGUGGACGAGCAAUCUGGGUUCUGGCGGACCUUCGGUUUCGGGAUGGCAUGCAUGUAUCAUUCAGACUACGAGGCUUCCGGAGGCUUCCCUGACAUACGCACCUGGGGCGGGGAAGAUGUCGCACUCUACGAGCAGUUCCUUAAACUAGACAAUAUUAAGGUUCUACUACUUCUGGUUGAUCCCAUACCUGGGGAUGCUACUGACGGUGUCGCUCCUCACUAACCUGGUCCUGGCUCUCAUGCUCCUCUUCAAUCGACGCACACGAUCCUUAAGGACAGUCUAGUCUACUAGCAUACACAAGCUUGUAGUGGCUAAUUUCAAAGAAAAUUCAAAGGUAAACGUGACCUAGCCCUAAAGUAUAUUAAUACGAUCAACGGUUAAAAGUGACUGAAGCUUCAGUCGAAUUUAUAACUUUGCAGUAUUUGGACAUAAAUAGAAUUAACAUCUAUUGAAGCGUGGUCCUUACUGAUGUUCGUAUCAACAUGUACAAGUCCUCAUGGUUACUAACCCUUAACAGGAUGAACAACUAGCGAUGACUAGUCCUUGACAGGAUCCUCAGCUUUGCAGUGAUUGUUCUUCAGUAGGAUAAAAUUUUAUUAGAAAAAAUGAAUUUAUUUUUCGUUUACACAACCGAAGAGCUCUCUGUGUUUUAAAAAGCGCUAUGUUGGUAAUAACUGAAGGGUUGAGCAUUUGGACUUUCAGGUGUGUGUUUACUCGUCAAGGUAUAUUACAACUUUGGGAAUAUCUGGUAAUUAAGAAACUCUGUUUUUCAAUAGCUCAAAAAUUCUGAUACAGUUCAUAAUUUUUCAGAGAUUCCAUUGUUUCAUUACUCCAUAACAUUCCUCUGUUUCCUGAAACAUUUUUUUUAUCUAGCUGUCGAAGUUAAUAUUCUUUUAAAAGGUGUUUAUGUGCAAAACCUGCAGUUAAUGACAAAAAUGGCUGUUGAGCAGUUGAAUAUGUUCAGUAUUACAGAAAGGAUGACAAUAAAUUUGUGAAUCUUGUUUGUGUGUUUUGGUGACAGUUUACUAAGGGACAUUCUCAGUCCCGUCCUUAUUUGUUUUGGCUCCACACACAACUUCCUUGAUUACUUAAACUGCAUAUCAGCAAUUUUUUUGCUGCCCUAAUCGCUUUACUUUUAUUCCGGAGUCAUUAACACCCCAACAUUCCCUCCAGUGUCUCCUCUCCAUCGACUCGCAUUUCAUUUUAAAACCAGUCUGUCUAUAGCUCCCAGAAUAAUCUAUAAUCCUCCAACCGUAAAGUUUUCUAAUUUCUUCAAAUAUAUUUAUUUUACAUAGUCUUAAGUAAAAAUAGUAACAUGAUGCGGGCGCCUCUAGUCUACCCUUUUGUUGUGGUGCAAAUUCUUGGUGAAUGUUUAGGCAGUAUUAUUCAUACUUCCCCCUCU